AAGGCUUGAAGGCAGAAUUAAUUCCUCAGGAAAAUGGGUUGCAAGUCAUCUGACAAGCCAAGGCCUAAGCAUAGAAAAGGCUUAUGGUCACCUGAAGAAGACCAGAAGCUCAGAAACUAUGUUCUCAGACAUGGCCAUGGCUGCUGGAGUUCCGUUCCCAUAAAUGCAGGCUUGCAGAGGAAUGGGAAGAGCUGCAGAUUAAGAUGGAUUAAUUACUUGAGGCCAGGAUUAAAGAGAGGAAUGUUUUCCGUACAAGAAGAAGAAACAAUCGUUACCCUUCAUAAUAUGUUAGGAAACAAGUGGUCUCAGAUUGCACAACAUUUGCCUGGAAGAACAGAUAAUGAAAUAAAGAAUCACUGGCAUUCCUAUCUGAAGAAAAAAGUAGCCAAAGUUGAAGAUUCAGAAGUUCAUACCAAAACUCCAUGUACCACAUCAAGCUCAGAAAAUACAGAUUCCAUCCCUUCUCCCCAAAAUCAAACAAGCCAAUUUCCUUGUUACGAAUCUAUGCAACUACCGGAAAAACAAUUAACAGAUACCGAUCAAUUUGUUACACAGUUUCCCAACUUCCCUAAAGAGCCUCAGGGAAGCUCCUUGCCAAGGCUUUUCUUUGCAGAAUGGCUAUCAACAGAUCAUGUUCAAGUUGGGGGGUUUGCAAAUUCAUGUAAAACGGAGCCUGUCUCACAUUGCUUCCAAGACUCCUUGAUGCAUGGAUAUCUACUGAAUGAGGCAGCAUUUAAUGGUGAAAUUCACGGAGGAUUAAGCAGUGGAUCGUUGCAUGAUGUGUUUAGCUCACAGUCCAAGUUUGAAGACCAAAUUUCCGAUAUUGGCUUUUCAGGUUCUGUUUCUGGGGAGGAAAUUUACAUUGAUUUUGGUAUGAACAGUGAUGUAAUGUACAUGUAAGGACAUGUUUCCUACGCAGCAUUAUUCAAGGAAGAAUAAUUUCUAAUUAUUCUAUGGAAUAAAGGCAUACCGGCAUACUGGUUCUUGUCAAAGAAGGAAAUAUCAGUAAGCUGAAAUAGGCUACUUUCCCUUAUUUUCCAGGCUGCGAAGUUUAAUUAGUGGUUGUUCUUCCACAUAUCAGUCUUUGAAGCACCCUCAUUUGCAUUUGUUUUAGAUUAAUGUUUUUAUCUUCUAAUGUCAUCAAUUUGUUUUAGCUUUCAAACACUCACAAUAAAUAAGUCCAGAAAGA